CAUUUUUUGAAAUCACCCAGUUGGUUUGUUUGUUGUUUGGUGAGUGAACUUUGAUUUGGUCCAAGUGGAGCCUCUACCUGUUACCUGUACCUGUCAGUGAGAGACAGGUGUGUUUUAUUAGGAUCAUCUUCAGAAGUCAAAUUGUGGCCCUCAUUUGCAUUUGGUAUUGAUGUCAGUGAAUUCUAAUUAAACCCACACAAACAAAACCCCUUAAUUAUUUGGUAACUGUUUGGGCUUCCAGUCAUUUUUUGGCAUCGUUUUAUGGUGGAUGUUGUUUUCAGUUGUUCACUUAAUGUCAGAAAGGUAAGGUAGAUUGUCAUCCAUUACUAGGGCUGAUAUUAAUGAAUUAGUUGUAACACAUUUAAGGAGAUGAUGUACAUGUAAAACCCAAGUGAACAGUCAUUUCAUUGGUUCAUUUUUUUACUAGGACAUAGAGAAACUAAAUGUUGAUAUAUUGCUACCACACCCCCCUUUUAAUUUCUUCUCCACCCCCUGCGUACUUAGGAGUACAUUGACCGUGACAGUGGGGCCCAGACAGGGGGUGGGGGUGGGGGAUGUUUAGCCUGUCUUUCUGACUUGGUCUGUAUUUGUUUUGACUUAUUAUUGCUUGUUGUGAUCUUCAUCCCAGCUUGCUUGCAGUUGACAUGUUUUGUGAAUGAAUGAGUCGCAGUGGUAGGCGUGUGUUAUAUAUGUGUAGAGGCUUUCAACAGCCUCGUACACAAGUUUGUCUUUUGAUCUGUCGGAAGGCCCUAUUUUGUGAAUGAAAAUCCGCUUUGUUGAUGUGUGUGAAUUUUUGUAGUCCUUUAUCUCAACGUUGCGUCGUUUAUCUUUAAACUUUUUUUCUUUGAAUGUCAACAUGGCCUACUAACAAAAGCCAAAGAUUUGUUCUCUUGUUAUACGUACAAAGGGUUUCUUUAAAUGAUACCAAGAUUUUAGUGCUGAAAACCAGGGACUUAUAAUUUUUUUUCUGUUGAGGAUUCAAGUCCAAGAGGGAUUGUAAGGAGAGAGGAGAUACUUUUGUUAAGAAAGACACCAACAUCAUAAUUUGAGAAACUGUGACAAUGUUGCACAUGAUGUAAAUUUGUCACAUUAAAUAGGAAGUGACAUCAUGGAGUUAGGGGGCCAAGGGGAGAUGACUCUGUAAGAUGGCCAUGUUGAGAAGUGUGUUUGGUGGCUGUGUAUCGGACAGAGGCCAUGAGACCAUGCGUCUGAAAAAGUUGAAAUUUGGUGCUCCUAUCUCCACUGCUCUGAAGAAUGGCUACCUCCCUAUCCCACUGAUGGAGCUGCUUGUUUACAUCGCUCAUGAAGGAAUGAGCACCGCGGACUUGUUUCGUCGUCCUGGAAACCCCCGCGACACGCAACGAAUCGUCAAGAGAAUGUCUGAAGGGAAGCCAGUCAUCUUCCAGAACUACAACUUGUAUACCCUAACAACUGUUGUCAAGAAAUUCUUACUGCGCCUCCCUGGUGGCAUUUUUGGAAAAGAAGGGGAGGCAACUCUCUUGUCGGUUCUAUCAUUGCAGCACAAAAUGGAACAGUUUGAAGCAGUUCAUGCAUUCCUCACGACUUUGUCCCGAGGACACCAGCAGCUGGUUUCUCUGUUGUUCGGGAUCUGGUUCACUAUGAUCAACAACAGCCACGUCAACUUUAUGACAACCGAGGCCCUAGCCCGGAGUGUGGCGGGCAGCAUGUUCCAUUCCUGUGCCACGGACCCCGCGAUGGUGGAACACGCCAGCCAGGUCAUGCAGAUCUUGAUUGAGAACUUUGGAGUGGCCAGCAUGUUUGGCCAGGAAAACAUCGAGUUCUUCGCGGAGACGACCAGAACGAGCAUCCACAUCAAGGAGAAGUUCCGUUAUCACUUCCAGUACCCCCCGGAGGAGAUUCUUCCCCGAAGAGAAGCAUUAAAAUGGUUCUGUUUGUUUCUGUGCCAAGAGGCACAGCACAAAAAAUUCCACCCGCUAAAUCACGCCAUAACGGAGGAAGGGUUUUAUGAGUCGUCACGACGACAGGAUCAGCAACAGGAAGUGAUGGAUAUCUCGGACCAGUCACCUGACCUGAGACACUACCUGAGUCCAAGAGGAGACGGCGAAUCAGCGACUAAACAGCUGGCCGCCUCCACCAUCUCGGCCCCCGAGGUCUCGCUGGUCCCCUCACCCGGCCUUAUCACCAAGAGACCCAAGUCAUUGGAGGACAACUUGAAUGAUUCAGACGAGCAGCUCCAGCCGCGCCCUAGCCUUAGUCGAUUCAAUUCUGUGAAACGUAAACAGUUGGAGAGACUUCGCCAGCGAUCCGACUGGUUCUUAGGACCAAAUAUGAACAACCAGGGGGCGCCAGCAUUAUCCCCCGAUCAAAUAUCUCACUCUAGUUCCAAGGCCUCUUACAACGCUGAUAAACUUCACCAAAAACUGUCGGGGAAUUCGGUGACGAAGGCAUCUUCGGAAGGCACCGCCCUCGACCUUGUGUCCUCAGACGUAGACAGCGUGUUCUCAGACCGCAGCGAGUCUCCGGCCUCUGAACCCCUCCCCACACCAAGUGUGAGCAUAUCUCGAGACAUUAUCCACAGUGAUACCAUCACGGACGUCUCCAUGGCAGCGGGUGACAUCACGAUGGAGGAGGUGAUGGGGAGGAAGGACAGCGAUGGGGAGAUGUGUGGCUCCGAGUACUGCUUCUUUGUCGUGGAGCAUAAUUACGGUGACAAGGGAUCCUAGCAGAGCGUGGCUUAAUUCUAACAAGCAGCUGAAUCCAUGUCAUGAUUUACAUUGCAAUAUUUGUUGUUCAAUUUUUCUCUUUUUUUUCUUUUAAUCGGAGCACUUAUAACGUGUAGUUUUACGAUUUAAAGAGAACAUGUUGUGAGAGGGAGUUGUGUUCGGUGUUCACUGUUCCGUUGUGUUCGGUGUUCACUGUUCCGUUGUGUUCGGUGUUCACUGUUCCGUUGUGUUCGGUGUUCACUGUUCCGUUGUGUUCGGUGUUCACUGUUCCGUUGGUCUUCUUGUUGUGACUUUGAUCUAUUUCCAUUUUUGAGAAAAAAAACCUUGCUUUUUUAAAGGGUUUAUCUUGUGCGAGUUUGAAAUGUUUUUACCUUGAAUUCACAAAGAAAGUGCUCCAAUGCGAGCGCAGCAUUUUAUGAGGAGGACAUGCUGUGUUCCUUCCCUGAGCAUGCCCAGUGCUUCUUAGUCUCAUUGAGGCAGUUUUUGUCUAUUUUUUAUUUUUGAAUUUGAGAGCAAUUUGACUGAGUGACCUACAAGUGCUUCACUUCUGCUAAGUCACAUUUCCAGUUUGUUUUCCUCCUAUUUGACUGGGUUGUAUGUUUACGUUGUUUUCUAGAUUAAACACAGCCUUUAGAACAUCCCACUUUAACAUCUUUUCCAAACUUACAUGUUCAUCAAUUCAAAUUUGUACUGAAUUCAUAAAUAUGGUGACUUUGAUAUGCAAGAAAACACUGCAUUUAGUGAAUAUUAUUACAUUAUAGGAAUUCAUUGUUUUUACACCUCCUAAUUCAGUUAACUUAAUUACGGUAAUGAAAUUGACAUGCAUAUAUAUAUAUAUAUAUUUAUAUACUAAAAUGUGCAAUAAUCCAUUUAUCAUUUCCAGUGUACGUCCAAAUUCCUCGGUCUACUAUGAAGACUGAUACAUAUAGUGAUACUGAGAAGUCGCGUAUGAAAAGUUUAAUCAUUGAAUCGACCCCAAGGUGUAUGUCAUUGACAUUGCUGACCUAAGGCCAAAAAAAUAAUGUAUUGCUUCUCAGGCACCACACUAUCAGGUCAAACGCUGCCAGAUUAGAUUUAUUGCCAUAUUGAAUAGGGGAAUUACUUAGUUUAUAAAUUCUAAAAUUGAGUUAUUCCCCUUUGCAAAUCUCGACAAACCUUCCUCAUUAUAUUUUGAACUUUUUGACCUGAGAACCAAAUCAUUAAUUUUUUUAGCCUAAUGAACACACAUUUCCAGUGGAAGCUCUCUAUGUUACAAUUGACCAUGUUAACCCCCAAUAUCCGUCCCCUCCACAAUAAGACCCCCACCACCCCACCCAAACUUUCACACCAGUCUGCCGGCAUCCUGUCAUUACAUGGCCUGUCUUCAGUGGACCCCAGUCUUUGUGCCUAGAUCUAAA